CUCGGCAGCUUCCGUACUUUGUGAACCUACGUCAUCAUUUCGCGACGAGUCGCACGUUCACAACACAGCGGCGCCGAAGAGUCGCGCGGACUUGUUUCUCCUCGCUUCCACACGUUACCUGCAGAGUGAAGAAACCUGCAAGAGCACCAGAGAGAAAGAGUCAUUGAUCGACUUGUUAUCGGCAAUCAUUCGAAAUCUUUCAUGCUUCAGCCAUGAGCGAGAGCAGCGACGACGACGCCCCGGCGCUGUCGGCUCACGCCCUCGCCGCCCUGCAGGAGUUCUACAACGAGACCAGCGACGCGCCGCCCGCCCCCCAGUUCGCUGUGGGAGCAGUGGAGGAGGACUGGCGGAUGAGUCAGUUCUGGUACAGCGACGAGACGGCGACCCGGUUAGCCGAGGAGCUCGUACGAGAGGCCGGAGAGGGAGGCAGGAUCGCGUGCGUGAGCGCGCCCAGCGUGUACCAGAAGCUGAAGCAGGGCGUCGUGCUGGGUUCCGACCGCGUCUCCGCCGUCGUGCUGGAGUUCGACCGCCGCUUCGCCGCCUACGGCGACGACUUCGUCUUCUACGACUAUAAUGAGCCACUAACCCUCCCCCCCCCCGCCGCCACGGAGCACAGCUUCGACAUCGUGCUCGCCGACCCGCCGUACCUGUCCGAGGAAUGUCUGAGCAAAGUGUCCCAGACCGUCCGGUACCUGAGCAAAGGAAAGGUGCUGCUUUGCACAGGAGCCGUCAUGGAGGAGCCGGCCCGGCGCCUCCUGGGCGUCUCCACGUGCCGCUUCCUGCCGACGCACCGCAGGAACUUGUCCAACGACUUCCGCUGCUUCGCCAACUAUUCGUCUCAGCUGCUGUCCUGAAGACGCGUCCUCGUCGGAGAGAGACGCUUCGAAUGUUUACUGGUUUACAUCAUUUCAAACUGGGUUUUGGACUCGUGAUCUUUGACUGUGAUGGACUCGUUUUCUGAGCGGCUCUGGUGGUCGAUGAAUGUGGGCGGAUGUGUCGAGGUGCUCAGUCAACCCCUUGAUGAUGUCAUACUGAUUUGAACUGUAAAUCUGAACGCUGUAGACGUGCAUUGUGGGUAAUGUAGGAGGGAAUUAGAAGUAAAGGAUAUUUUUUCCUCAUUUGCUUUGAUUUUGACAGUUAUUGUCUUUCUUUUUUUUAUACACAGUACUAUGCAUUAUUUUUGAGAAACUAAUAACUAGAGUAAGGCUUAGUUUUUGUUUUGACAAACUAUUAAAGUAAUUCCCUCUGAUACAUUUUGGGAGUCUGCUUUUGGUAUGAGGGGAAAUUAUAUUAUCACAAUUUAUAAAAACAAAUAAGAUGGCAAAUUCAUUUUUAAACCUCACGUCAGAAUGUGAUUAUUCUGAGUGAUGCAUUGAGCUUCAGGUGAAAUCUGUCUCUAAUUAUGGACAUUUCAUUUUAAAAUGAAAAUGGUGAAACUGGUCUGUGGGUGCGAUUUGAAGAAACAUCACAAAAUACUUUUCCAAUGUACAAUAGCGAUUUCUUUUUUCUGACGGACUAUUUGGACUUUUUUUUUUUUUUACAAACUAGGAGGAUUUUUUCUUUUGACAAACUUUUAUAGGACUUUCUUUUUACAAACAAUAAAAGCUCACAAAAUUUUGAA